AUUCCUCGACGCGAUCUCUCAUCUUCGUGCUUGAAACCCUAGAACGAGAGAUAUUGAGUUGUUUAGCUAUUGAAUCAUCCAUGGAGGGUGUGGAUUUGAACGGGAAGGUGGAGGCUGGAGCAGUGGAGGAGCUCGGAGGGCCGACAAACCCGAUGGUGAGCCCUUUACUGACGGAUCUUUACCAGUUCACCAUGGCCUAUGCUUACUGGAAGGCUGGAAAGCAUCUCGAUCGUGCAGUAUUUGAUCUUUUCUUCCGCAAAAAUCCUUUUGGAGGUGAAUACACUGUUUUUGGUGGUUUAGAAGAAUGUAUAAGGUUGAUUGCCAACUUUAAGUUGAAGGAUGAGGAGAUUUCUUACUUGCGCUCAGUUAUGCCAACCUGCGAGGAUGGGUUUUUUGACUACCUCAGGGAGAUCGAUUGCUCUAAUGUUGAAGUUUAUGCCAUUUCAGAAGGUUCUGUUGUUUUCCCAAAGGUUCCUUUGAUGAGAAUUGAAGGGCCAGUUGCUGUGGUUCAACUCCUUGAAACUCCAUUUGUAAAUCUUGUUAACUACGCAUCACUGGUCACUACCAAUGCUGCAAGGCAUCGAUUUGUUGCUGGGAAAUCAAAAACUCUCCUUGAAUUUGGACUGAGAAGAGCACAAGGACCUGAUGGUGGAAUAAGCGCUUCAAGAUAUUGCUAUAUGGGAGGAUUUGACGCCACAAGCAAUGUGGCAGCUGGGAAGUUGUUUGGCAUUCCUCUUCGCGGAACACAUUCUCAUGCCUUUGUUAGCUCAUUCAUGGGUUUAGAUGAGAUAACAGACAAAGCCCUUCGUAGUCAGGAUGGCUCAAGGACUUGUGAAGAUUUUGUUGGUCUUGUCCAAAGCUGGCUUCAUAAGCUUCAGUUGGCGGACUCUUUGAGUGGUUUCUUUGGAGAGACAAAUCAAAGUGAGCUUGCAGCAUUUAUAUCAUAUGCCUUGGCGUUGCCACAUAAUUUCUUAGCACUUGUUGACACAUAUGAUGUAAUGAGGAGUGGGGUGCCAAACUUUUGUGCUGUAGCUUUAGCACUCAAUGAUUUGGGGUACAAAGCGUCUGGAAUUAGGCUCGACUCUGGGGAUCUAGCAUAUUUGUCUAUUCAAGCUCGGAAAUUUUUCUGUAUGGUUGAAAAGGAAUUUGGUGCCCCUGGUUUUGGUAAAAUGUUGGUUACUGCUAGCAAUGAUCUCAAUGAGGAAACUAUUGAUGCCUUGAACAAGCAGGGACAUGAGGUGGAUGCCUUUGGAAUUGGCACCUAUUUGGUUACUUGCUAUGCACAAGCAGCUCUUGGCUGUGUGUUUAAACUGGUUGAGAUAAAUAAUCAGCCUCGUAUCAAACUCUCUGAAGAUAUUACAAAGGUCUCCAUACCACGUAAAAAGCGAUGUUUCAGAUUGUAUGGUAAAGAAGGAUAUGCAUUGGUAGACAUUAUGAUAGGUGAAGAUGAAAUUCCUCCAAAGGUCGGGGAAAGAAUUCUUUGCCGCAAUCCAUUCAAUGAGUCAAAGAGAGCUUAUGUUGCGCCUCAGCGUGUUGAGGAACUUCUGAAAUGUUACUGGCCUGGAGAUUCUCAUAAACCAAGGGAAGUACUGCCAUCGCUUUCAGAAAUGAGAGACCUUUGUAUGCAACACUUGGAUCAGAUGCGGCCUGAUCAUAUGAGGAGGCUAAACCCGACACCUUACAAGGUGAGUGUAAGUGCCAAGUUGUAUGACUUCAUCCAUUUCCUAUGGCUCAGUGAAGCUCCGGUCGGUGAACUUCUGUGAAAGAGCUCUGAUGGAGAGCAUUAACAGUGUACGCAAAUGUCAUAAACACGUCGAAAGAGUUAC